AUCGUGGUGGGGGAGUGUAAACCAGCAAUGUAUCAUUUUGUGGCCACUAGUGCGCCAGAGCCUUUGGAUUUAUCGGAAAAAGUACAAAUACCAGGUCACAUAAUACAAUACCUUAAGGAUUUCCAAGUUGAGACGUUGCGGUUUUUACACCGUCAUUUGGCUAAUAGAGAUUUUUGCAUAUUGAACGACGAGAGCGGCUUGGGAAAAUGUGUGGCCACGACAGUAUAUCUAGGGGCGAUAGCCAAGAACAAGAAUUGUCUUAUAGUUGUUCAAAACGAUGAUGACUUUGUGACGGGUUGGCAGUUUCAUUUCGAAGUACUUACAAAACUGUCUGUUGGUGUUUUAGGAUCAAGCAUCUUAGAUCCUCCUCCCAAUAUAAUUAUUGCCAAAUGGAGUACUCUACGUUCGACUGUCGUUGGGAGCAAAUUUAAUUUUGAUUACAUUAUCGUCGACAACAGAGGACAAAUGAUGAAUAAUAACUUCUGCAUGUCCAUGCUGUUGAGUAACUACGAACAUAAGGUCAACUUAUUAAUAUCGAGUAUUGACGUCACGGCCGAUUUGAAAUUGUUGCAUAAUUCGUUACGUUUGGGAGGUCGCUUGGAACAUCAAUAUGAACAGUUUAAAUCUUUCGAAGCCAAGUAUAAACUGCCAGAUUCCAAGGAUGUACUUAAUAAAACAUGUGACCUGGAACAAUAUUUCUUAAAACGGGAAAUGAUAAGUGAUUAUUGCAAUAGCUCUUAA